ACCCCCAGCCCCAAACAUCCGGAAGUGCAUUUUCUAGCUGCGUAGCAAAUUCAACUGGUGUCGAACGGAUGUAAUCCACGGGCGUUAAACGCUUAACUGGCCAAUAACGAUGAAGCGCUUGACCGAGCGAGUGCACCACGAGGAGAUCGAGUCCGAGGAGGUGGUCUGGGUGAGGCGGGAGGACGCCCGCUCCGCCAGCAAGCUGCCCAUCGUCUACUCCAGGAAGUAUGCGGUGCGCUUCGCUGGCCUUGAACGCCUACACCCCUUCGACGCGGCCAAGGGCAAGCACAUCGAGAAGCUCCUGUGCGCCGAGUUGCAGCUGGACGGCGGCAGCUUCUACGAGCCCAAGGAGCUGAGCAAGGAGCAGCUGCGCCGCAUCCACACCAGGGACUACCUGAAGUCCCUGGAGUGGAGCAUGAAUGUGGCCUGCAUCGCGGAGGUGCCGCUGAUGGCAUUUGUCCCGAACCGCUACAUUCAGCGGUCCUAUUUGCGUCCCAUGCGCUUCCAGGCGGCCGGCUCCAUUUUGGCCGGCAAGCUGGCCUUGGACUACGGGUGGGCCAUAAACCUGGGCGGCGGGUUCCACCACUGCUGCUCCUACAGGGGCGGCGGGUUCUGCCCCUAUGCCGACAUCUCGCUGCUCAUCGUCCGGCUGUUCGAGCAGGAACCGUCACGGGUGCGCCGCAUCAUGAUUGUGGAUCUGGACGCCCACCAGGGCAACGGGCAUGAGCGCGACUUCAGCAACGUGGCAGCCGUCUACAUUCUGGACAUGUACAAUGCGUUCGUCUACCCGAAGGAUCACGUGGCCAAGGAGAGCAUCCGCUGUGCCGUGGAGCUGCGGAACCACACGGAGGAUGCCUUCUACCUGAGACAGCUGAGGCGCUGCCUGAUGCAGUCCCUGGCCGAGUUCCGCCCCGACGUGGUCAUCUACAAUGCGGGCACCGAUGUGCUCUGUGGGGAUCCCCUGGGCAACCUGGCCAUUUCGGCGGAGGGCGUCAUGGAGCGGGAUCGGUUGGUGUUCAGCACAUUCCGCUCGUUGGACAUUCCGGUGGUGAUGUUGCUCAGCGGGGGCUACUUGAAAGCAUCCGCCGGGGUCAUCGCCGACUCCAUUGUUAAUCUACGGCAGCGGGGAUUACUGAAUUAUAGGAAUCAAAGUAUUUAAGAUUUUGUAUUACCAAGGUAGGAACAUAUAAACUAUGGAAAUUGUCAAUUUUUGA